CAAAAAAAAAAAAAAAAAGUCAUGACUUCCCCCACAACCUAAUACUUUCUGUUUCUAUGAGUUCGCUUAUACUCCAAGCCAGGGCAUUUCUGUGCUAAGUCACCCCACAGUGCAGAAGGAGAGAAAAGUAGGGUGGAUUCAGGGGCCCGUAGAAACAGGGGUGCAGGGCUUUACGUGGCCUGAGGCUUGUCCACCCAGAUGUGUGCAGGCAUCCAGGGAGGAGGACCGGCCUGCGCCAUGAACCUGUGGCUCCUGGCCUGCUUGGUGGGCUGCUUGUUGGCGGCCUGGAGCCCCGAUGUCCGGGCCCAAGGUGUCUUUGGAGACUGCUGUCUGUCUUACGACAAGCAGGGCUUGCAGCAAAAGCUUCGGUUCGCACAGAAUUAUAAGCUCCAGGAGGUGAGCGGAAGCUGCAAUCUUCGCGCCGUGAUGUUCUUCUUCCCUCAAAGACGCAAGCCGCUGUGUGGGGACCCACGGAACAGGCUAGUGAGGAAGGCAAUGAAGUGUAUGGAUGCACAGAGAAAGUCCUUGCAUAAGUGCUUACGAGACCAUUCUGGGAAGGGGAGACCUGGAAUCUCCGGGCAAUUUUUGUCCAAUUCUAACCAUCUCAUUAGCGGCAAGAAGAAAGCCCACUUUCCGAUAGUUAAUCCAGGACUGUGAGCUCACUCAUCCCAGCAGCUGUCGGAACAAGAGAAGCUGGACCCUACAGCAGACCCGUCCUCAGGCCACACCUGAAUCCCGGUGCUCCACUGGUCGGUCCUGUCCACACCCACCACCACCGCCUCUUUAGCAGAGAGAGUAACCUUACUGACAAGCCUUUUGCUGCUCCAGGGGACUGGUCAGCCCUGGGCGGGGGCUCUUACAGAGAAGAUGCCUCAAGAUACAACACCUUGGCUCCGACUUCUGACAGACAGCCCGGACUGCAGCUCUCUGGGUCCUUGCGAGGCUAGGGUUGGUCC